UGGUUACGUCGCGAGGGCCUCUCCAAGGAGGUGUGCUUCAUGGCGGUCACGGAGACUGCGGUAAAUAUUUUGCGUCGAUAAAUGUCGCAUGUUAACUGAAUUUCUACUCAAGCGGACGUCGUUUAACAAAAUUUGUUAAAUUGUUGAAGCUUCCCCCAUCAUCCUCCCCUCGGGGGCUUCCCUUCCUCAGUGUGGUGGAUCCAACCCUUAACGGGAUUGGUAGGGAGGCGACGCUAUGACGAUGGAGAAUGGACAGGGCACAGGCUCAAAGCUUGGCCUGCCGCCCCUCACCCCAGAGCAGCAGGAGGCGCUGCAGCGGGCAAAGAAGUAUGCCAUGGAGCAGAGCAUUAAGAGUGUCUUGGUGAAACAGACCAUUGCCCACCAGCAACAGCAGCUCACCAAUUUGCAGAUGGCAGCAGUGACUAUGGGCUUUGGAGAUCCUCUCUCACCUUUACAAUCGGUUGCAGCCCAGCGGCAGCGCGCUCUCGCCAUCAUGUGCCGGGUGUACGUGGGCUCCAUUUAUUACGAGCUCGGCGAGGACACCAUCAGACAGGCCUUUGCUCCCUUCGGCCCCAUCAAGAGCAUUGACAUGUCUUGGGACUCGGUGACGAUGAAGCACAAGGGCUUUGCCUUUGUGGAGUACGACGUGCCAGAGGCUGCCCAGCUGGCUCUGGAGCAGAUGAAUUCCGUCAUGUUGGGUGGGCGAAACAUUAAGGUUGGGCGGCCAAGUAACAUCGGUCAGGCGCAACCCAUCAUUGACCAGCUGGCAGAGGAAGCGCGCGCUUUUAACCGCAUCUACGUGGCGUCGGUGCACCCCGACCUGUCGGACGACGACAUCAAAAGUGUGUUUGAGGCUUUCGGGAGGAUCAAAUCUUGCAUGUUAGCCCGAGACCCCACCUCAGGGCGGCACAGAGGCUUCGGCUUCAUCGAGUACGAAAAGCCUCAGUCGGCCGUGGACGCCGUGUCUUCUAUGAACCUCUUUGACCUGGGGGGUCAGUACUUGCGGGUCGGCAAGGCGGUCACCCCUCCCAUGCCCCUCCUCACCCCUACCACUCCCGGCGGCCUGCCGCCGGCAGCCGCCGUGGCCGCCGCGGCGGCCACUGCCAAGAUUACGGCCCAGGCAAGUAUGAAUCCCUUCCAAAGGGAUUUAAUGGCCUUCCAGGAGGCCGUAGCUGGCGCGUCAGUCCUGGGGGCGUUAGCUGCGCCCCAGCUACUCAGUCAGCAGAUGGGGAUACCGCAGGCCGUCAUGGCCGCGCAGGCGCCCGGCGUCAUCACAGGAGUGACUCCAGUGCGACCCCCCAUACCGGUCCUCCCCCAGGUGGGCCUGGUGAACCCCGUGCUGGCGUCGCCGCCCGUCCUCUCCAAUCAGGCACUGGCCACUGCCCAGUUGCAGGAGAAGAAGGAGGAGAAAGAGGAGACGCUCCAGGACGGCACGGGGCAGGAGAUGCUGAGCGACCAGGAGCACAUGAGCAUCUCGGGAAGCAGCGCCAGACACAUGGUCAUGCAGAAGCUGCUUAGAAAGUCAGAGUCCACAGUAAUGGUCCUGCGCAAUAUGGUGGGCCCGGAGGACAUCGACGACGACCUGGAAGGGGAAGUGACCGAAGAGUGCGGCAAGUUUGGCUCGGUCAACCGCGUCAUCAUCUACCAGGAGAAACAGGGCGAGGAGGAGGACGCCGACAUCAUCGUCAAAAUCUUCGUGGAGUUUUCGAUGGCGUCGGAGAUGAACAAAGCCAUCCAGGCGCUCAACGACCGCUGGUUCGGGGGGCGCAAGGUGGUCGCCGAGGUGUACGACCAAGAUCGCUUCAACAGCAGCGACCUGUCGGCGUGAGCCACUUCCACACCCGUCAUUCCCGUUGCCGUAUUUGUAAUUGUCAUUUUUUUAACAAAAAAACAAGAAUAGUUGUUUAUUAAUGAUGCCUCGUUGGGAGUUUUUGUUUGGCUUUGUGACCCGUGAAGACUCCUCUGUUCUGCAAGUUACACAUUUUUGUUUAACCCAGACCUGUAAACAUACAUUAGUUAUUUUUUUUUUGGCCUCAUUUUUUUUUCAUGACAUGGAAUUGUUUGAACAUGUAAACACUGUUUGUUUCUACAAUUAAAGAUUAUUUGUCCACAA